ACCAGGAUCUGCCUAUGGACCCUUCUCAGGAUAACCCCUAAUCCACAGCGCCUGGGCACACCGUCCUUUGGGAAGAGCCAUGGUAUCAAGGAGAGGCAGGGGUAGCCCCCAGCAGUGGCCUGGCCCAGAUGGGGGUGGUAGCUGCCCAGGCCUCCUUGGCCUGCUCAGAGCUGCCCUGCUGCUCAUCAUCCUGUCAUGGGGGGCCCGGGCAACUGCCAGUGCCAACCUCAGCAUAGCUCUGGAUCAUACAGCGCCACUCACAGGAGGCCACUACUUGAGCAUUGGGGAUGGCUCUGUGAUGGAGUUUGAGUUCCCAGAGGAGAGUGAAGGCAUCAUUGUGAUCUCCAGCCAGUACCCAGGCCAGGCUAAUGGGACUGGGCCCGGCCCCACACUGAGGGUCACAUCCCUGGACACAGAGGUGCUGACCAUCCAGAACGUGAGUGCUAUGACCUGGGGCAUCGGGGGUGGCUUCGUGGUGAGCAUCCACUCAGGCCUGGCUGGGCUAGCCCCCCUCCACAUUCAGCUCGUGGACCCUCACGAGGUCCCACCUGUGCUGAUCGAAGAGCGGAGAGAUUUCUGCAUCAAGGUCUCACCUGCCCAAGAUACCCCUGCCACUCUUGGCACUGCCAACCUGGCCCACUUCUCGGAGAACCCCAUACUGUACCUGCUCCUGCCUCUCAUCUUUGUCAACAAGUGUUCAUUUGGGUGCAAAGUGGAACUCGAGGUUCUGAAGGGCCUCAUGCAGAGCCCCCAGCCCAUGCUGCUGGGCCUCCUGGGCCAGUUUCUGGUCAUGCCCUUCUAUGCCUUCUUGAUGGCCAAAGUCUUCAUGCUGCCAAAGGCCCUGGCUCUGGGCCUCAUUAUCACCUGCUCAGCACCUGGUGGUGGGGGCAGCUACCUCUUCAGCCUCCUUCUCGGAGGGGACGUCACCCUGGCCAUCUCCAUGACUUUCAUCUCAACGGUGGCUGCCACCGGUUUCCUGCCACUGUCGUCAGCUGUCUACAGCCACCUGCUCAGCAUUCAUGAGACACUCCACGUGCCAGUCUCCAAGAUCUUGGGGACCCUGCUGUUCAUCGCCAUCCCCAUAGCAGCGGGCGUGCUGAUCAAGUCCAAGCUGCCGAAGCUCUCCCUGCUGUUGCUACAGGUCAUCAAGCCCUUCAGCUUUGUGCUCCUCUUGGGUGGCCUCUUCCUGGCCUACCGCAUGGGGGUCUUCAUCCUCGCAGGCGUCAGGCUACCCAUCGUGCUGGUGGGCCUCACCGUGCCCCUGGUUGGCCUCUUGGUGGGCUACUGCCUGGCCAUGUGCCUGAAGCUGCCAGUGGCCCAACGGCGGACAGUCAGCAUUGAGGUAGGGGUGCAAAACAGCCUGCUGGCCUUGGCGAUGCUGCAGCUGUCCCUCCGCCGCCUUCAGGCUGAUUACGCAUCACAGGCCCCAUUUAUUGUGGCUUUGAGUGGCACCUCUGAGAUGCUGGCCUUGGUCAUUGGCCACUUGGUCUACAGCAGCCUGUUCCCAGUUCCCUGAGGCCCCUGGGGCCAGCUUUCAGCACCCCAGCUCCCACACUGCACCCACUGUCCCCACAGUUCUUGUGUACCAAAGGCCUUUAGUUCUCAUGCACUAUGCACUCAGAAAAAUCCAGGCUUAUUUUUUUUACUGGUUUUUUUAUUCUCUAGCUUUUGGUGCCAAAGAGGCCAUGCUGAGUUAGGUGGGCACUGCUCAAAAAAUCUAUUUCAAUAAAAGAGAGAAGCAACCUUG